UUCAUUUCAGGUGAUCAGUGUGUUACCAUUGGUUCAGAACUUACCUGUAGAUAUUAUGGACGACAUUUCAAAUUUUUAGUGGAAGAAGUUGUAGAAGAGAAGGAAGAUAGCAUGGCGAGUGAUGUUUGUUUAUCUUCUUUUACUGGUGACCCAGAAGAAUCUGUAAGUGAUAUUAGUGAAAUACAUGUUGGUAUUCAGUCAUUAGAAAUACAAGGUUACCAUGAUGACACUGUUGGUAAAUCUCUGCCAGAUUUUAAUCAUAGUGAAAAAUCAUUCGUUAAUUUGGAUGAAACCAGCAAUUCUUCCAUUGUGACAUCAUCAACUCCACUUCGUAAACUACCACUUCUUUCUUCAUUCACUGAAAAUCAGUAUAAAAUACCAAGGAAAGAACACUUACAGGAAGACUAUCAAGAAAUAAAUCAAUUUUAUCUAAUAACUUCAUCGUCAAACCUAGAAAUUGCUGUAGAAAAAACCCAGCACCAAUUCCAGGUAUAUAAAAGGGUUUCUUAUGCUGAUAUUGGUGGACUAAACCACCAACUGAAACUGGUUCAAGAAGCUGUAGAAGUUCCCAUGAAGAACAGUGAGUUCCUGAACAGCUGUGGAUUGCAGCCACCUAGAGGCAUAUUACUAUUUGGACCACCAGGAACGGGUAAGACUUUGAUUGCUAAAGCUGUGGCUACAGAAACUAAAGCUCAUUUUAUCACAAUCAAUGGACCUGAAAUUUACAGCAAGUUUUAUGGAGAAACUGAAGCUAGGCUUAGAAACAUUUUUCAAGAAGCCAUAGAAAGAGCACCUACCAUAAUUUUUAUUGAUGAAAUUGAUGCACUCUGUACCAGGAAGGAUGGAGCGUCGUCAUCAGACCAGGAGAAACGUGUCCUGGCCACAUUACUUACAUUACUGGAUAAUCUACCAACACAUGGCAUAAGAAGAGUGUUACUCUUGGCCGCAACUAAUAAACCAGAUGCUUUAGAACCUGCUUUACGAAGACCAGGUAGGCUGGACAGAGAAAUUGAAAUUGGAAUUCCUACAGCAACAGAAAGAAUUGAGAUUCUAACAAAGCUGUUGCUAAGAGUGAAACACCUGUUAACAGAUGCAGACAUAAUUACUUUAGCUGAAGCAGCACAUGGUUUUACUGGAGCAGACUUAGCAGCAGUGUGUUGUGAAGGCAUUGAAUCACAGAUUGAUGUCACCCAUUUGCAUUCUUCCUUGUCGUCGUUGGCCUCUCAACCUUCUUUGGCUCCUACUGGAAGUCAUGGCACUACUGCUCGUCAUGUGUCCCAAUUCCCAGCUUCGGCUUCUUAA